CGGCGGCAGGGAGGCUGGGCCCGUGGGCGAGGGAGGCGAGCCGACCACUGGGCUGCUGGGCUCCCGCGCCCUCGCGUUCCCCGCCGCCAGCCCAGGCGCAGGCAGAGCGCAGGCGGCGGCGGGCGGCAUGGAGAGCCUGCUGGAGAACCCGGUGCGCGCCGUGCUCUACCUCAAGGAGCUCACGGCCAUCGUGCAGAACCAGCAGAGCCUCAUCCACACCCAGCGAGAGCGCAUCGACGAGCUGGAGCGGCGGCUGGACGAGCUGAGCGCUGAGAACCGCAGCCUGUGGGAGCACCAGCAGCUGCUGCAAGCCCAGCCUCCGCCCGGGCUCGUCCCCCCGUCAUCUGCCCAGCCGCCCGCCGCUCCGGCCACCGCUCCUGCUGCCGCUGCCAGGGCCCAAGAACCUCUCCAGGACCAGGGACAGCGCUCAGCCGCCGCGCCACAGCCCGCACCCGAGCAGCCGCCGCUUCAGCAUCACGGACAGCUCCUGGAGCAGCCCCCGCGGGGCCCUGGCAGCAGGGCUCACACACCCCAGUCGCCCCACAAGCAUCUGGGGACACAGGGAGCCGUGACUGACAAGGAGAAGGAGCGUCCCCCGAGUUGCUGCGCUGCUGCCGGAGCUCUCCUUCAGCACAAAUCCCCCUCCACCAUCGGCAAGGGCGUCCUGAGCAGGAGACCUGAGAAUGAGACCGUGCUGCACCAGUUCUGCUGCCCAGCCGCCGAUGCCGAGCAGAAGCCCGCCUGCUCCGACCUGGUCUCCCAAAGUGACGGCUCCUGCACCCAGGCCAGUGGGGGCAUGGAGGACUCCGUGGUGGCAGCGGCGGCGGUGGCAGCCGGCAGACCCAGUGCCCAUGCCCCGAAGGCUCAAGCCCAGGAGCUGCAGGAGGAGGAGGAGCGGCCGGGGGCGGGGGCUGCCUCCCCAAGGGCUGGCCCCCAGCACAUGGCCUCCCCCGGCCGGCAGCAGCCUGCCCUGGCGACGGCGCUGUGCUCCCACGCCCCUGCCGCCUCCGAUUACGAACUCUCCCUUGACCUAAAGAAUAAACAGAUUGAAAUGCUAGAACACAAGUACGGGGGCCACCUCGUGUCCCGGCGCGCCGCUUGCACCAUCCAAACCGCCUUCCGCCAAUACCAACUCAGCAAGAACUUCGAGAAAAUCCGCAACUCACUCCUGGAGAGCCGCCUGCCACGGCGGAUCUCCCUGCGCAAGGUGCGGCCACCAACCGCCGAGAGCUUGGCGGCGGAGAAAGCGCUCAUGGAGGGCUACGGCCUCAUGGGACUGCCCCUGGUGCGUUCGCCCUCCUUGCCGCCCACCUUUGCGGGCACCCUCACCGAGCUGGAGGACUCUUUCACCGAGCAGGUGCAAUCCCUGGCCAAGUCCAUCGACGACGCGCUCAGCACCUGGAGCCUCAAGACCAUGUGCUCCCUGCAGGAGAGCAGCGCUUAUCAGCUCCACCAGGCCCUGCAGGCAGCCGCGGGGACCUCAGGCCUGGAGGCAGAGAUGCGGGAGCCGGAGAGCGCAGGCCCCAGGCCUGGGGAUGAGGCCACGGAGACUCCCGGCCUGCCCCCGGGCCACGGCGGCACCCUCAUGAUGGCUUUCCGGGACGUCACGGUACAGAUCGCCAACCAGAACAUUUCUGUUUCCUCCUCCACCGCUCUGUCCGUAGCCAACUGCCUGGGCGCCCAGACGGCCCAGGCCACAGGAGAGCCCGCCGCAAGCAAGGCUGAGCAGGGCGAGACCCUGGGGCAGGAGGCCCUGGAAGCCUCCGCCGUGGGCCAGGGAGACGUGUCAGCGGAGGACACGUGCACAGAGCCUGGGGCUAGUGGGGUGGUGGAUGAAGCCACAGCAGCCAAAGCAGAGGAGGAAGAGGAGGAGGAGGAGGCAGCGGAGGUGGGGAAAGGAGCGGAGGCUGAGGCAGGCAAUUUGGAGCAGCUGAGCAGCAGCAGCCUGUCCACCAAGUCUGCCAAGUCAGGCUCAGAGGUGUCGGCCUCCGCCUCCAAGGAGGCCCUGCAGGCCAUGAUCCUGAGUCUGCCGCGCUACCACUGCGAGAACCCAGCCAGCUGCAAGUCGCCCACGCUCUCCACCGACACCCUGCGAAAGCGCCUUUAUCGCAUCGGCCUCAACCUCUUCAACAUAAACCCAGACAAGGGCAUCCAGUUCCUCAUCUCCCGCGGCUUCAUCCCUGACACCCCCAUUGGUGUGGCCCAUUUCCUCCUCCAGCGAAAGGGCCUCAGCCGCCAGAUGAUUGGAGAGUUCCUGGGCAACAGCAAGAAGCAGUUCAACCGCGACGUGCUGGAUUGCGUGGUGGACGAGAUGGACUUCUCCAGCAUGGAGCUGGACGAGGCCCUGCGCAAGUUCCAGGCACACAUCCGUGUGCAGGGGGAGGCCCAGAAGGUGGAGCGGCUCAUCGAGGCCUUCAGCCAGCGCUACUGCAUGUGCAACCCCGAAGUGGUGCAGCAGUUCCACAACCCCGACACCAUCUUCAUCCUCGCCUUUGCCAUCAUCCUCCUCAACACCGACAUGUACAGCCCCAAUAUCAAGCCUGACCGGAAGAUGAUGCUGGAAGACUUCAUCCGAAACCUUCGCGGUGUGGAUGAUGGCGCUGACAUCCCCCGGGAGCUGGUGGUAGGCAUCUAUGAGAGGAUACAGCAGAAGGAGCUCAAGUCCAAUGAGGACCACGUCACAUACGUCACCAAGGUGGAGAAGUCCAUUGUGGGCAUGAAGACGGUGCUGUCCGUGCCCCACCGCCGCCUGGUGUGCUGCAGCCGGCUCUUUGAGGUGACAGAUGUGAACAAGCUGCAGAAGCAGGCAGCGCAUCAGAGGGAGGUGUUUCUCUUCAACGACCUGCUCGUGAUUCUCAAACUUUGUCCAAAGAAGAAGAGCGCCUCCACGUAUACCUUCUGCAAGUCAGUUGGCCUGCUGGGCAUGCAGUUCCACCUCUUUGAGAAUGAGUUUUACUCUCAUGGCAUCACACUGGUGACCCCGCUCUUGGGCUCCGAGAAGAAGCAGGUGCUGCAUUUCUGUGCCCUGGGCUCGGAUGAGAUGCAGAAGUUCAUGGAGGACCUGAAGGAGUCCAUCGCUGAGGUGACAGAGCUGGAGCAGAUCCGGAUAGAGUGGGAGCUGGAGGAGCAGCAGGGAACAAAGACACUCACCUUCAAGCCCAGCGGAGCCCAGGGGGACCCGCAGUCAAAGCAAGGAUCGCCGACAGCCAAAAGGGAAGCUGCGCUCAGGGAGAAGCCCGCGGAGAGCACGGUGGAGGUGUCAAUUCACAACAGGCUUCAAACGUCCCAGCACAACUCCGGGCUGGGGGCCGAGAAGGGAGCACCGGCACUGCCGCCAGACCUGCAGCCUAGCCCCCUGAGACAGCAGCCCCCACCGCCACUGCCGCCACCGCCGCCACCCACACCCCCGGGCACCCUGGUGCAGUGCCAGCAAAUUGUCAAGGUCAUUGUCCUGGACAAGCCCUGCCUGGCCCGCAUGGAGCCCCUGCUGAGCCAGGCUCUCUCCUGCUACACCUCGUCCUCCUCGGACUCCUGUGGCUCCACACCCCUGGGCGGCCCCGGCUCCCCGGUCAAGGUCAUCCACCAGCCCCCGCUGCCCCCACCCCCACCCCCCUACAAUCACCCUCACCAGUUCUGUCCACCAGGCUCCCUGCUGCACCGACGCCGCUACUCCAGUGGUUCAAGGAGCCUGGUGUAGACUCUGCCCCACUACCCUGCUGUCCGGGGAGGGCUGGCCACUGCAGGGCCUGCGCUGCCCCUCCGCUGCUCCCCAUACCCUGGCACAAUGCGUUCCUGGUCACUGAUCGCCAUCAUUUUGGGAAAAGAAUCCCAACCCCUGGCACCUGGGUUUGCCUCAUCCAGCCAUCCUUCCCUUUCUCGGCUGCACCUCACCUCCAGAUCUGAAGAUACCACCUCACUCUCCUGGGCCACCACUUCCCCUGGCCGCCACUUUCCCCCAUUGGACCAUGGAGUGAAGAAAGCUGGAGCUGAGGGUCUAACUAGCUUGCGGGCUUUGAGUCUAUUAGUGCCGGGGGUGGGGGCCUCAGGCCAUGGGGCAGCAGCACGGGGCUGGGCUGGCCAGCAGCGGAGCACUAGACAGAAGAUCUCUGGCUCACAGUCCAUGACUAGCGCCUCUGUGGCUGUGCUGAGGGGAGGAGGGUUGGUCCAGCUCCCUGGAGGGUGGGAGGAGUGAGGAGGGGGGCUUUUUCUGCUGCCCCCACCCCCAAGCCUGGCACUCUCAGGAGGCUAUUCCUUGGUCCCCAGGGACAUUGGCUUUCCUGACCGUGUUCUUCUCCCUCUUCCCAGGACCUCUGCUUCCUCAGGAGCUGCCCAGACUCCAGAAAAGCUUAGAGAGAGGGAGGAGGGAAGGGGAGCACUUUUAGCUCCCUGCCAGUCAAUUCAACAGGGCCAUGGGAUUGUGAAGUCAUGUAUCUGCAAAUGCACCUUUUAAAAGAGUUUCCUAGUUCCCUAGCCCCAGCUAAUACCCAGCCAGUGCCACGUGCGCACAGGCACAUGCACACGAACGUGCGUGAGAACCAAGUCCAUUUCUUCCAUCGUGGAAGCAGAAGUGGAGACGGGGUUCGGUCCAAGUCAGGGCUCCCUCUUGCAUGCGUCUGUGGCCUCCAAGAGGGACUUGGGUGCAGAGGUAAGCAAGAAAAACAGGGGAUCCAAAGGCAUAUGCGUUUCCCCUGCACCCCUCAGCCUUUAAAUAUUCCCCCCUCCUGAAA